AUGUCACUCCUUUCUGAUACACACGAGCAACUUGACUAUCUCAAGAGUUUUGCGGGUAUGCCUGCCCCAGCUGCUUUCCCCUUGCCUCCACCAGAGGCUGAUGCGGUGCGGGAAGACAAACCAGACUCCAUCACUUUCGAACUGCCAACGCAGCUGGUACAACAAGCGGGGAGAUUGUCCCACACUCAUUGUUGCGGAAUCCGGGCGGUCUUGUACGCUGCUUGGGCCAUUGUUCAUUCGCGGUACUUGAGUUCCGAAGAUGUAACAUUUGGAGCGGACAUCGAGGACCAAGAAAGGCUUGAUGGACCAUUCUGUCCGCGACCUGUGCACGCGGUACUGUCUGCUCAUGAUCUACAAGCGAGCAGAUUGGUCCGUUCUAUACACGAGGCGGUCUCCUCCGCGAACACCGGCCUUACGUCGCUUGAUGCAAUUCGCGAGGCGGCUGGAGUUUCGUCCGGCGAGCCCUUAUUUCGACUUGCGAUUGGAUUCUGGGAUUCUCGGGUGCUAGCUCAACUCACGAACGAACUCCCUCUGAUUGUUUGCUUCGGAAAGCCAAUAGCUGAUGCACCCAUUCAAGUCGAAAUACUCUUUGCCGGGUCCGUCUUCGAGUAUCGCGCGAUGAAAGCGCUUGCUGGACAUUUCUCCCAAGCAUUGCAGGGUCUGGUCGGAGAAGGCGACCCUCGUGUAGCGGACAUAAACAUCUUGACACCGGAAGAGUCGAGAGUGAUUCUUCACGACUUCAACGACAACCGGCAGGAGGUGUUUGAAAAUGACUUGGCUGCGCUAGACAAGUGGUGCAUGCAGAUUCCAUUCGAAAAGAAGGUUAAGCAACACUCUGAAAUGAAUGCUGUCGAGCACUACCACCGUAGCAUCACUUACGGGGAGCUAAAUGCACACUCGAAUCGCAUGGCUCACGAUCUCCGCCAAAAAGGCAUCAAACUUGGAGCACCCGUGGGUCUGCUCGUAACCCGAUCGAUUGAAAUGAUUGUUGGUUUUUGGGCAAUUAUCAAGUCCUCUGGGGCUUACGUCCCGAUCGAUGCUAGCUUUCCCCCUGCACGGGCGCAGUACAUGCUGCAAGAUGCAGGCUGCGUGGCUUUAGUCACAACAUUGGCUGACGACAAUCAAAUACGUGCUUCCAUGCCGUCUGACAUGAACAUUCCUGUGUUGAAAGUACAGGAUUUCGGGAAUGGACCCAUCGACGUGGAAAACCCAACCUUAAUAAACAACAGCGAAGACCUACUAUACGUGGCCUAUACUUCUGGAACAACAGGCCGACCAAAGGGCGUCGAGAUUCCACAUAGAGUCAUGUAUAACCUCAUCCUUCAUGGAGCGGGUGGUCUUGGGAACACUGACGGAACGAGAAUGAUGCAGUUCAGCUCAAUUGGUUUCGACAACCUCGGCUGGGAGAUUUUUGCAACGCACUGCAGAGGAGGCACUCUGGUUGUGCGCCCCGACGAUCUUGGAGAAGAUUUCGAGCAAGCGUUGUAUCGGAUCGAUACAAUUCUUAUCACCCCGUCCGCUCUUUCCAUCGUAAGCCCGGACCAAUAUCCAAACAUCAAGAAAAUAAUUGUUUCUGGCGAGCCCAGCAACGCAGGGCUCACAAAGGCGUGGGGCGAUAGAGUCAUCUUGCUAAACGGUUAUGGCCCGGCCGAAACCCACGCAACCCAUAUUGGUAUCAAUAUUCCGGGGAAACCCAUAACUGUCGGCCGCGUCAUUCCUGGCGACACCUGCUACAUCCUUGAUGACCGGAUGCGACCUGUUCCAAUCGGAGUUCCGGGUCUUAUCUGGAUCGGCGGCACUGGGGUCGGGAGGGGUUAUAGAAAUCUUCCUGACCUGACUGCCCAAAAGUUCAAACUUGACCCUUUCGCCAAGGACGGAAGCAAGAUGUACAAUACGGGCGAUUUGGGCAGAUGGACCAACAGAGGAGAAUUGGAAGUAAUUGGCCGUGCGGAUCAUCAGGUCAAAAUCAACGGUUUUCGGGUGGAAUUGGGGGAAGUGGAAACAAUCCUAGGGAAGUUACCGUCCGUCAGCAAUGUGGUCGUCUUGUUUGAGUCCAGACAGCUGGUUGGAUUCAUUUCGCCGCAUACGUUGAACGUUGACAUGCUGCGGAGCGAAAUGAAAAAGAUGCUGCCGUACUACAUGGUCCCGUCCAAGCUUAUUGCCCUUGAGGUGCUGCCAAUGACUGAGAACCGCAAGGUGGACCGUCGGAUGCUUGCGGCCAUGCUACGCAGUGAAGCCACCGGUCGAGAUGCGGCUCUCCCAGCUUCUACGCCCCGUUUCGUCAACCGUUCCGCAGCUUCCGUGCGUCUCUCGCCUCAGGAGACCACAGUCGCUUACAUCUGGGCGACGGUUCUGAAGAUUCCCGUUGAGGGAAUCACCUCUGAAACGUCAUUUUUAGCCAUCGGUGGUGAUUCUAUCUCAGCUAUAUUGGUGUCAGCCCGUCUGCGAAGAGUGUAUGGGUUGUACAUCUCCCCGACUGUGAUUUUCGAUAAGCAUGUCUUGAAAGAGCUGGCUUCGCUUCCUCUACUCUCUCCGGCAAACCAAGCGGCAAAAGCAAUGAUGGAGACGGGCCCUGUGGAGGGCAGGGUGGAGCUGACUCCAAUUCAGCACUGGUUUUUGGAAUGGAAGCCGGUGAAUCCCGAUCAUUACAAUCAAACCUUCCUCCUCAUUCCCAAUCAAAGAUUGCUUCCAGAAACGGUUACCCAGACGAUGAACGCUCUUGUCGCUCACCACGAUAUGCUUCGGGCGCGGUUCACUCUGGACCGGGAGGCAGGUACAAUGGAGCAACGUAUUCUCAACCUCCAAGACCAUGCCCCGGUCGAGACCAUGUCUUCUACCGCGGCGAACAGAACUGAAAUGCUAGAGAGGGUUUAUGCGAUUCAGCGAACGCUGAAUUUGGCAGACGGGCCUAUCAUCGCCGCUGGAUUGAUCGAUAUGACGGAUGGCCAGCAGCGGCUCGUCAUAACCGUCCAUCAUUUGGUCAUGGAUCUGGUGUCCUGGCGCAUCUUGCUCGAAGACUUCCAAAACCUUUAUACCGGUGUGGAUGGGCUGCCCCCCAAGACGACUUCAUUUCAGACUUGGGCUCUCAAGCAAGCCGAGUACGCGCAAACCCUCGACCCCGAGUCAUGGCCCAAUACCUUCCCCACCCAGCCGCCAAUACCUUCCGAUUUUGCGGGCAAUCCGACGCAGAAGAACCGCGCGAGCACGAUGCACCGCCUUACUGUCGAGGUCCCGGCGACGACGGUGGAGAAGAUCUUCUCUCAGGCCUUGCCUUUCUACCAAUGCACUGUAUUGGAGAUUCUCGUGGCGGCAUUAGCUCUUGCGUACGGCCAGCAGUUCGACCGCGACGUGUUUGCUGUCGAUCUGGAAGGGCACGGACGCGAGCCUUGGGAUGACGCUCUGGACACCUCACGAACUCUGGGAUGGUUUACAACCACAUUUCCAGUCUGCCUGCGCGCUCGUAACGUUGCAAUGGAUCAAGAAGGACACAUGCCAUUUGUAGAUACCAUAAAGAAAACGAUUCGAGGCCUCCCGCUCAAAGGUCUUCCUUACGGAGCUAUGAGGUACCUGUCCAACAAGCCUUCAGCAAAGACGUUCGUUACCACACACCCUACUUCCGAAAUCAUAUACAACUAUUACGGGGCGUUCUCUCAACUGGAAGACAAGGCUAGCCUGCUUAGACUGGCCGGAGAAGAAUAUGCCAAUGGGGAAGAUGACUACGACGACUGCGAAAUGAACCGAUAUCGAUUCAGUAUAGAAACCAUCCAGCAGAACGGCAUCCUAGAAACCCGUUUCUUGUACAGUGCGGCCGACUUUAGAGAAGAGACUGUGAGUGCUUUCGCUGCCAAGUGGCUGAUGUUUCUCGACGUUUUCGUCGAUGUUACCCAUGUCCCCAGCUCUUCAGCGGACAUUUCGAUCGCCGACUCGACGGUGGUCAAUGAAGCUCCACUCCGCCCAUUUGAAUUGCUCGGCAUGGGGGAGGCUGAGGGACGUGCUUUUCUUCAAAAUUUCCUCGAGGACCACCCGAUUGAUAUGGAUGAUAUAAAGGAUGCAAUGCCCUGUGUCCCGUUGCAGUCUGCCAUUGUGGCGGCCACAAAGCUAGACAGUUCCCAAUACACCUGGCAAACGGUGUACAAGAUUCAUGGCUCAUUGGAUUCCGCCCGGUUCGAAAGUGCCUGGAGGGAGAUCAUCCAUGCCAAUGAUAUGCUCCGGACGACCUGCGGUUGGACCGCGGACUUGCAUGGAGAUACUAAUGCAGUCCAGGUACUGUUGAAAAGCGACCGAUCUGAGUGGAAGAACAUCGUUUGCGGAGAAGAAGGUAUGGAAGCGACCCUGAAAGAGUAUUUAAAAUCAGACGAAGCCCGUGGUUUCCCUUCCGGCGACCCGUUCGUGCGGGCCUGUCUUUUAUCCAAACCUGGGGAGCCAUCUAGGUUAAUUGUGACCGUCCACCAUUCUAUCAUUGAUCAGUGGUCCUUGAACAUGGUGGUUGAUGACCUCCGUAUACGAUAUCAUGGCGGCAUUCCAGCACCUUACACUUCAUUCGCAAACUUCACCAAGUACAUGAUGGAGGAAGAUUGGUCGAGAGCCAAAUUAUUCUGGACGGAGUAUCUCCGGGGAACGAAGCGUGUGGAGUUUCCAAGGUCAGGGAGCUUCUGCUGCUCUCAUGGACUAUUGUCCGCUUUCUUCUCAAAUUCCAUUCGUAGAUCACUCCCCAACGUCGCAUGUCGGGCGACGAGGCAUUUUGAAGCAAACAUCUUGCUCGAGCUUGGUAACUUUGCUCGCGCUAAGGGCAUAGCUGCGUCUGUACUGGUCAACGCAGCUUGGAGCAUAGCUCUUAGCGCUCGUUCCGGAAAGAAGGACGUGGUUUUUGGCACUGUCUUUUCCGGGCGCUCUGCUCCGUUGGACGGAAUCGAGCGGAUUUGUGGGCCGUGUUUGAACACAGUGCCAUUCAGGGCCACGAUUUCUCAUGGGACCACCAUCAUUGACUUUUUGAAGGGACUACAGAGAGCAUCUUCAGACAUUAUGGAAUUUGAGUCGACACCAAAGUCGGUAGUGUCUGAAGCGGUGGGAAUGGACUCGAGCAAACUGUUCAACACUUUAGUAGCUCUGCAGAACGUUGCGGAUUGGUCUAACAGACAGUGCACCGAGACUAUUUCACUGGAAACAGAAAGCACCACUAUGAUCUCAGACAUCUCUUUGUCCGUCGAGGUCACUAUAUCCGCCGACGGCUUGAAGUUCGUGUUCCGAUACGACCAGAAAGUUAUUUCCCAAAUUGAAAUUGACCUACUCUUGCACCAUCUCGCGGACGUCCUUUCGUAUAUGAUUAAUUUCCCGGAUCGGCCUGUCGAGUCCAUUCCCCUAGUAAGCGCUCAAGAGCACGGCAUACUCCAGUCUUGGGCGCAGGGCCGCGAUGCUCCCGUCCAGGGCGUCUUGCUACACGAGUUAGUGCAGUGGCGAGCGGAUAACCACCCCGACACAAUAGCGGCCGAGCUCUAUCGUGGUGGAAAACUGACCUACCGGCAGCUCAUGGAAAACGCGAAUCGCCUGGGUCAUUAUUUGCAACAGAUGGGUGUGCGGCCUGACAUGAUGGUGCCAGUGUGCAUGUCGAGGUCUUUUGAUAUGCUCGUUGGUCUCUUGGCUAUUCUGGCCGCCGGUGGGGCCUACGUGCCGAUUAGCGAAAAGAUAUCCCCUGAACGUAUUCGAGACAUUCUCAAAGCAACAAAUGCUGCUGUAGUCGUUACAACCGAAAAGCUUUCCGGCCUCUUCCUUGCCGAUUCGACUGACUCCAAGCCCAAAUGCGUUUUGGUUGAUGAGUUUAAGACUGAGCUUGCAAACUAUCCGGCGACACCUGUGGUCACUCCUGGGCUAUCUGAGGACAAUCUGGCAUAUGUUCUUUUCACCUCAGGAUCCACGGGCGAACCAAAAGGGGUAAUGCUGGAACACGCCAGCGUCGUCAACUCCCUCCGUGCGCACACCCUGUGGAAUGUCGGCCCACACUCUCGGGUUCUAAACGUGUCUCCGUACACCUUCGACCUUUCUGUGACGGAUAUAUUCCUGCCUCUUAUAUCAGGUGGAACGGUUGUGCUUGCAUCGGAAAACGAUAUUCAAAGCGAUUUGAGUCAGGUAAUAAGGGAAGCACGUAUUGACCAUGUCGAGCUUGUCCCGUCGCUUGCGGAUACGGUUGAUCCCGCGUCGGUGCCUGAACUGAAGACAUUGGUCACCGCGGGAGAAAUGUUAACAGAAGUGCUGGUGCAACGGUGGGCUUCGCGAGUCCGUUUGAUCAAUGGUUAUGGACCAACAGAAACCACGAUACACUCUCACAUGAAGGUGGUUCAACCGAAUGAUUCUCCAUUACAUAUUGGCGCAAGCAUUGGAGAUGUAGCCACUUACAUCUUGAAGGAUGACCUCAGCCCGGUGCCUGUUGGGGUUGAAGGCGAGGUUUACAUCGGUGGAACCCAAGUGUGCAGAGGAUACCUAAACGGGACUGAUUUGGACAAAGAGGCAUUUGUAUCCAACCCUUACAAGAAGGGUGGACGUCUGUAUCGCACCGGCGACAUUGCGCGCUUCCGACCUGACGGGACUCUGGAAUUCGUGAGACGCAGAGGAAAUCAAGUCAAAGUCAACGGUUUACGAAUUGACCUAGAAGCGAUUGACAAUGUCAUCGCAAGAGAGGACGUCGUUGAAUCCGCCGUGACUCAGCCGGUGAAGUUUAGAGGCAAACAGCUGCUUGUAGCAUUCAUUGUUGUUGGACAGAAAAGUAGCUCCGUCCGACUAGCGGUUGAGGCUCUUGAAAAGGCUAUCGCUGCCAAGUUGCCCUCAUACAUGACACCGCGGCACUGGAUUCCCCUUGAUGCGCUUCCGCUGAACGCUAAUUUCAAGCUGGAUCGUCGGGCCCUCCAAACGAUCUUUUCGGCUGUUGAUCUUGUGGCAAUCAAUACCCUCACGCGCGGUGCCAGCACCAGAAAACACCCUCCGGCGAGCCAACUGGAAAAGGAUCUGCAUGACAUGUGGACUUUGACCUUGGGUCUUGAACCCUCAGAUAUAGGAACGAAUGAUUCUUUCUUCAAUCUAGGAGGCGAUUCUCUAGCGCUCAUCAAGUUCGUCAAUAAUGCCCGUGCGAAAGGUCUCUCCAUAACGUCAUCAGAUUUUUUCGCCAACCCAACCAUCGCAUGUCUUGCGAAAUUCCUUGAGAAAACCAGUCCCCCGGCUCCGGUCUUGACUGUCAAGCAGCAACCUAAUGUGGCUGCGUUCAGCAUGUUGACCCUUCCCCAACUGAUGGAAAUCAGUUCGAGGGACCUUCCCGCCCUAGAUAUCAAACUUGAGGAUAUUGAGGACAUCUAUCCGUGCACUCCCAUGCAGCGAAGCCUAGUGGCUGCGACAAUAACGGGUGAGAGAGCCUCUUAUCUCUCACAGAUAGUCUACGAGUUUGAGAAGACACCGAAUAUCGAUCGUUUCAAGAAAGCCUGGCGCGAGGUGAUCCGUUCCAACCCGAUUUUAAGGACGCUUUUUGUCGUCCCUCAGACAACCUCGAGCGACCUUCAAUGCCUGCAAGUUGUAAUGCGCGAUGACCUCUCGUCGUGGACCGAGCAUCAAAUAACAGAGGGAGAAGAGCUAGAGAAGAUUUUGUCCCAAGAUCUGGAGAAAGGAGUGAAGCUCGGCUCGCCCUUCAUGCGCUUUGCUCUGGUUCGUGCCCCUUCCGCAAACGUCAAGUUCAUCUGGACCAUUCACCACGCGCUAUACGAUGGAUGGUCGACGAACAUGAUAUUGGACGACCUAGAAGCUGCCUGUCGCGGUGAAGCGUUAACAUUGCGGCCGGCCUAUAAGGGAUUCGUUCAAUAUUUGGUCCAGCAAGACAGGGAGAAGGCUGCCGAAUUCUGGAGACAACAGUUGAAGGACUUUGCGGGAAUGACCUUCCCGCGGUCGCCGUCAUCCACCUACCAAGCGAAGAGUACCGGGAACUUGACCUGUGCCGUUAAUGUGGAUUUGGGCAAACAUGCCAGGGAGCUUGGCGUUACGAUCUCAACUAUUUUCCGUGCAACGUGGGCCCUUGUUCUUGCUUCCCAUGCCAACACGAAUGAUGUGUCGUUCGCCUGCGUUAGUUCAGGACGCAGUGUUCCGGUAGACGAUAUUGAGUAUAUCAACGGCCCAUGCAUUACAUGCGUCCCGGUCCGAGUCGUUUUGGACAAAAGCAUGACUGCUACGAACUUCUUGCAGGUGCUACAGAAGCACCACCUUGACAUGAUGCAAUAUGAACAUUGCAGUCUGAUGGACGUGCUGAAUUGCGGGCCUGGCUUGUCUGGCUUGAGCGGGCUGUUUACGACCAUGCUGGUGAUUCAAAAUCAACCCGAAGCUGUAAAAGACAUGGACGCAUCUGGUCUCAAAUUUCUCAGAGCCGAGAUGGGCAUGGACAGUGGACUCUGCCUUGAGCUUAAGAAAACCGACUCAGGAUGGAUGGUGGUGGUUGAUUUUGAUGAGGAGAUUAUUACUGAAGGAGAGCUCAAAUGGAUCAUGGCUCACGUCUGUCACGGCAUCAAAGAUCUGGUUCAACGCCCUAACGCCGCGCUCCGGGACAUCCAGUUGAGCAGCCUGGAAGAAAUGGAAUUUCAGCGUACCCAAUGGGGUCGGCAGAUCGUAGAGGUUGACGCGGAUCUGUGCAUUCAUCAACUUGUUGAACGUCAGGUCGCGCGAACACCGCAUAAAAAUGCCGUAGAGUUUCUGAACGGCCCAACUUUGACGUAUGCCGAGUUGAACUGUCGCAGCAACCUCCUCGCACGUCACUUGCAAGAAAUUGGCGUUGGUCCAGAGGUCCUUGUGCCCAUAUGUGUUGGACGAUGCAUUGAAAUGGUCAUCGCGGUCCUUGGAGUGCUCAAGGCUGGUGGCGCUUACGUUCCGCUCGAUCCCGAUAUUCCAGCGAAGAGGAUCAACUUCAUCAUCGAGCAGACGAAGAGCACAUUAGUGGUGACAACAUCGAACCUUGUGUCCAUCCUGCAAGCUACUCUGGAGGCAAACGUCAUGGCGGUGGAACAUGUUUUGUCUGACGAUCCAGGCACACCUGUCGAGAACUUCAGCGUUCCCUCGCUCUCGUCAAGCAACCUUGCGUACAUAAUCUAUACCAGCGGCUCCACCGGCGACCCGAAAGGAGUCAUGAUCCCCCAUCGUGCAAUUGUAUCCGCAAGCGGCGGUUUUUGCGAGCGGUACUCUCAUGGUGAAAGCGACCGCCGCUUGAACUAUGCCACUUUCACGUUCGACGACUGUGUUAUGGAUUUUUUUGCAACGUUGAGGACAGGUGGCACGAUCUGUAUGGCCUCCAGGGAAGACCUUACAACCGACUUGGAUGGCGUCAUCGCCGAAAUGAAGGUGACUUUCCUGGCUGCUACACCGUCUGUACUUGCCCUGCUUGAUCCACGGCGGGUCCCUACCAUGCGGGCUAUGGAUAUUGGUGGGGAGCCUAUGAUGCAGGAGCUUGUUGAACGCUGGGGAGGAUUGGUUCAUCUUGGUAAUGGUUACGGACCGACGGAAACCUGCUGUCUCAGUCACUCCCACCGGCAUUAUAGCGACGAAAAGAACAUUCAUUUGAUUGGGUAUCCUUAUCGAGAAGUUGCUCAGUACCUUCUCGACGACAAACUCAAGCCUGUACCUAUUGGGUGCGUGGGGGAGAUUUGUUUAGCAGGUCCGCAGCUGGGACGAGGAUAUCUGGGUCACCCAGAAUUGACUUCCAAGGCAUGGAUUAACCAUCCCCAGUUGGGAUUGAUAUACCGAAGCGGCGAUCUUGGGCGCUACUGGUACGACGGCCAGCUUAUUAUCUUAGGACGACAAGAUGAUCAAGUGAAGCUGCAUGGAUUACGGAUCGAGCUUGGCGAAAUUGAAAACGUUCUGUUAAGAGCACAAGAAGUCAAAUAUCUUGCGGCAGUCGUGAUGACCCUUGCUGGAGAAAAUGACAAAAGCCUUGUGUGCUUCUACGACCUGCACAGGUAUCGAGAUGAAAACCACAAAUGCACUUUCCUCCCGUCAAACGACUUCGUGCAAUCAGUCACUGGCGGUUUGAUUACUCUCGCUCGGUCUGCGCUGCCCUAUUACAUGGUCCCAUCCAUGUGGGUCCCAAUGACGCGGUUGCCCCUCAACAAGAAUGGUAAGAUUGACAAAAAGAAGCUUAAGCAGCUCACAGUGGUUCGCUCUAACAGAGAGACUGCCGAGUUGGAAAACCCGCAAAGCGACACUGAGCAGGAGAUUUUUAACAUCGUGAAAAAGCUGGUUGGGAAUGAACACUUCGGUGUAGAUGACGUCUGGUGGACAGUUGGUCUAAACUCGCUGUCGAUGAUUCGAUUUGUGGGAACACUGAGGACCUCAUUUCCUUCAUCAGGUUUGACGAUAACUGAUCUUGUACCAAAUGCAACUAUCCGGCAACUCGCGGUUUACAUAGACAAGUACGGGGGUCGAGGAGGGGGUGACACGAACGCAGAAGCGAACUCACAAACAACAACCGAAGAGCGCUCGAUGCUAGCGGACAUAGGUCAUGGCCGUUUCCCCGCCUCAUUUACUCAAGAGCGAAUGUGGCUAGCGCAGCAAAUUUGGAAUGACAGCACCUACCAUAUCCCAGAGCUAAUGCGAGUUCGCCAACCGCUAAAGCCGGAUCUUCUGAUCAAAUCAAUGCACCUAGUGUGCCAGCAAAAUGCGAUUCUCCGAACCACGUUUGAAUUCGAUGGGGACAAUGUGAUGCAAAUUGUAAAUAAGAAGAUUGACUAUGAAUUCAAGUCGCUUGACCUGACCGCGGAGGGCGAUCCUCUUGCAGCGCUUCGAAAGCUAUGCGCAGAGGACAAUGCCACACUUUUCAACCUCAGCGAUAAACCCGCCGUUAGAUUCAUGAUCUUCGAGUUGGGCAGUAAUGAUUACGCUGUUUACCUCAAUGUUCAUCAUAUCAUUGCAGAUGAGUGGACCUUCGCUCUUUUACUGAACGAGCUCUCCCACACGUACGCGAUACUCAUACAACAGAAAGCGGACGUUGGUAUCGGUCAUGCCUCGUUGGAGUACGUCGAUUUUACAUUAGGGCAACGACGCCACCUGUCGGAGGUUGAAAGCCAGCAAUUGGACUUCUGGGGAAAUGCACUCAAGGACGUGGUCCCCGCAAAAUUUCCGUCGUUGCAGAGCAACAAGAUAGAUGAUAAGUCAGCAGCGAAUAACGAAGAGCUUUUCCUGGACCCCGUAGUCGUGGAGGCGUUUCUAGCCGUCUGCAAAAGCCAAAAUGCAUCCCCUUACGUAGGCUGGCUGUCCCUUUUCCAAAUUCUUGUUUACCGCUAUUGUCAAUCGACGGAUUUCGCCAUUUUGACACCUGUCACAAAUCGAGCAGCGAUUUACGCGGACGUGAUGGGCUGCUUCCUGAACACGCUUGCGAUCAGCACGAGACUUGAACCUGACCUCCCGUUUGUCAACUACCUCCGACAAAACAUGCAAGUUGUGAACGAGCAUCUGGCUAACAUGGAUGUACCCUUCGAAAGAGUCAUCAGCGAAGUGUACGGAAAGGAAGCACGGCUAAUGUUGUCGGAGUUCCAGGUUAUGUUUGCCUACGUUACCGACAACAAAUACGUCGCGGAUCAGCAGAACAUCUUCCAAGACGCGGAGCAGCUGCCUAUUAAUACCGAGCGAAGGGGAUAUUACGAUGUAGCUCUCUCUCUCGUAGAAGGUCGCGGAGAAAAUCAAGUCUCAAUUAGAAUUGAGUGUAACGGGCACUUGUAUGACUCCAGGUACAUCCGAGCACUCGCGGGACACUUCCAAGAAUUGUUGCUGUCCAUUACGAGGAAACCUUCGACGGCCAUCGGCUCACUGCGGAUGGUCCCAAAAGAGGAAGAGAACUUACUCAUCAGAAACGAGUAUGUGUGCAACACCUGCGAUGAGACCGAAACGUUUCAUGGCUUGUUUGAAAGGCAGUGCAUUAAGACCCCUCAUUCAAUCGCCCUGGAGCAUCUUGAUGGCAGAAGUGUGACGUAUGCGGAACUAGAUGCGAAGGCCAAUUCAAUUGCGCGGUUCCUGCGAUCCGAAGGCGUUCCCCUUGAAACACCUAUAGUGUUAUGCCUCGACAAAUGCUUCGACGCCGUGUGGUGGAUGUUGGGAGUUACUAAAGCUGGGUGUUGCUGGGUACCAAUAGAGCCUGCAGCCGUAGCCGAGAAACAAGAUCUGAUCAUUCGCGCGGCGAAGGCACCAUUUGUUGUCACAACCACCAAAUACUCGGCUGACUUCCGCCGCGCAGGACACAGAGCUAUCGAAGUGGACGUAGAGGACAUUGUUUCGAAAAUGCCAACCUCGCCGGUUGAAGCACUGCACGUAACAUCGGGCUUGUUGGCAUAUAUUCUCUUUACCUCGGGGACCACGGGAACACCAAAAGGUGUCAUGGUGGAGCAUCGGGCUGCUGUUAAGUUUAUCGACCUUUGCGCAGACGAGCUUGGAACGACUGAAAGUACUCGCGCCCUCAACUUUUCAACGUAUACCUUCGACCUCUCCAUCCUGGAUAUUUUCUGCACGCUUGCAAGAGGGGGCACCGUUUGUGUUGCACCUGCCGCGGAGAUGCACGGCAAUUUAGCAGCAGUAGUUCGAAACCUUUCUGCGAACGCUCUCACUCUCACACCCACCGUGAUAUCCCUGCUCUCUCCGGAAGAAGUUCCAUCUCUGAAAGUUCUUUGCUCAGCAGGCGAGCCUAUCACGCAGACGAUUGUGGCGACGUGGUUCCCAUAUCUCGACAGGCUUCUUAAUGCGUAUGGUCCCACGGAAACGGCAGUUACAACUAUUUGUCGGCCGGAUCCGUCCACGUUUCCUACCAUUAUCGGAGGGGCUGUCGGUUCCAGCUUAUGCCUAGUCGUCGAUGAAAGGAUGAAUCUAGUGCCCAUUGGCGUCAGUGGCCAGUUAGCGGUAGGAGGAGGUCAUUUGGCGAGGGGCUACCUCAACCGGGCAGAUCUCACCAGGGAGAAAUUCAUCGACAAUCCUUUUGUGCCCAGAACACGCAUGUAUCUGACAGGUGACCGUGUCAGAUUGCACGCCAAUGGGCAGUUUGAAUAUUUUGGUCGCAUCGACAAUCAGGUGAAAAUAAACGGUCGACGGACGGAGCUAGGUGAAAUCGAGCACGCAAUCUUGGAGGUCCGCUGCGUUCGAAAUGCAUGUGUUGUCUUGCAAACCGGAGACAAUGCCUCUCUUAUCGGCUACGUUACAUUCAAAGAUGUUAGCGGAACUGUUGCCCAGAUAACGGACGGAUCAAAGGAUCAAGACCUGGAAGCUAUCCGAUCUCUCUUGAGGAAGAAACUCCCACCGUACAUGGUACCGCGAAAAUUGAUACCGAUGGCAGAUUUCCCUCUGAGCAAGGCUGGCAAGAUCGACCGCGGCAAACUCCGGUCAUGGAGGUUCCUUGAACAAAAGCCAGCGCAAGCACAGAGUGAUAGAAAAAGAGAAUCCAAGGACUACGAGCACGAAUUGCUGGGGCUUGUGGCUCAGAUCGUGAACAGUGCGGACAUCGACCCAGACGAUGACUUGUCCGCGGUCGGUUUGGAUUCUUACGGCAUGAUGCGCCUGAUGCUACGUAUACGAAAGACCUACCAAGUGGAAUUGACGGUGUCCGAAAUUCAGAAGUGUUCCUCCGUAGGCUCUCUUUGUAAUUUGAUUUCCCGCAAAAGAGAGUCCGGUCACAACGACAAACAAUCAGCUUUGGAGAUUUCCCUACUCCGAACGAUAGCUGACUUACUCAAGUAUGACGUGAUUGAGGCGGAAGACAAUUUAAUUGCCAAUGGAUUAGAAUCAUAUGCCAUCAUGCGACUUAUUUCGCGAGUCAGGAAGGAGUUUAACAUGGACUUGACGAUUUCGGAGGUGUCAGCAAACCCCUCGGUCCGCUCACUCGCUGCACUUAUCAGCAGGAAGCGACAUCCACGCUCUGACACUGUAUCCGAAGAAUCUGCUACGAUUGCCCAGGAGAAACAAUAUCCAGCAUCCUACACCCAAGAGCGCAUGUGGGCAGCGCAGAUAGCCCACGGCGACAAUGCCUAUCACUUGGCCAAGCUGGUUGUCGUGGAAUCCCUGUUGGAUUGCGAGCUCCUCGUCAAAGCGAUGGAGGCUGCCUGCCGGAGACACACCAUCAUGCGGACGACUUACAAGCUAAAUUCUGAUUUUUCGGAACUAGUGCAGGUCAUCAGGAGGAAUCUGCCUCUUAACUUUGAGAUCGUUGACCUGGCUCAAUCUGCGGAUGCCGUUGAGGAAAUGAAAUCUCAAUGCCGAGCGGACAACCUGAUUCUGUUUGACUUAUCGACUGAAGCUCCAAUCAGGUUCAGAGUGUUCAAACUAGGCCAAGCAACCGGUGUCUAUCUCAACAUUCAUCACAUUGCCGUGGACGAAUGGGGGCUCAACCUUUUGCUCGAUGAGGUGACUUUGAUUUACCACCAUUUGGUAGCAGGCCGAUCGAGAGCUCUGGAACACCCAGUCUCGCUUUGCUUCAUAUCAUGUGAGAUACCCACCAUUGAUCUGUCGGAGAGUCAACGUCUGCCGGAUGGCGGCAGGGGAACUGCUGUUUGGAGUGAAGAGGUGCCUUUGGACCAGGCAGCCACAAAGCGAUUCCUGGAGCUCUGCUCAAACGCAGCGGUCUCUCCUUUCACUGCAUAUCUUUCCCUUUUCCAGACUCUUAUUGCCAGACAAACUGGGCAGUACGAUUUUGGCGUCGUGACACCUGUGAGCCUCCGUAGCAAUGUUCGAGAAAGCUUUACAUCUGUCGGCUGCUUCAUCAAUACAGUCGUGGUCCGCGCCCAGCUUGAGGAACACGACUCGUUUAAGGAUGUUUUGAAGAAAACAAGGGUGAACAUUAACCGAGUCCUUGAAAACAGCGACAUUCCAUUCGAGACGGUCAUGACCUCAAAAGGGAUUUCACCAUCGACCUUACAGCUCAUGUUCGACUUCACUACCUCGAGUGGGCCUCAAAGCGAGCAUAAUAUUAUAGCUCGUGGAACGGAGCUGGAUCUAGACAGUACUACCACCGCUCACUUUGCGUUUACCUUCAAUGUCGAUGCCAGGGGCAGCCCUAAAACUCCGACAUUGAUAUCCAUACAGUACGAUGGCAAAUUUUUUGAAGCGCAAUUAGUGGAAAAGAUGUUGGGAGACUACGCGAAGCUGCUCGACGUGGUAACCUCUAGUCCAGACGACCGAAUUGCCACGCUCAACCAGUGCGAGGGUGAGGAGAACCUGAUUCUGCGGGGUCCAGUCGCGCCAUUGCCGUACGAUUGUAUCCACCACGGCUUUGAACUGGCGGCUGUUUCUCAUUCCCAGCGGAUCGCCAUACAGCACGGCGAUCGCAACCUAAAGUACCGAGAGCUGGACAAGAAAGCGAAUGCUGUGGCCUGUCGGUUGCGCGCAUUUGGAGUCCAACCAGGCAUCUACGUGGCAAUAGUAGUGCACAGAUCCAUUGAGAUGGCAGUGGCACUGCUUGCAACCUUGAAGGCUGGCGGAGUGUGUGUGCCUAUCAGCGCCGACUUCCCCACGGAUCGCAUCAAGUAUAUUUUGCAGACGGUCUCGACCAGGAUCGUGUUGACUACGAGGGACGCUUAUGACAUUGUUCCGUCGCUGGAUGCAACGACGUCAUGCCAUUUGAUUGAAGAUUUGGCAUCCCAGAAUGAAAUGGAUGAGAAACCAGACGACCUUAGUACUGGAAAUACCAUUGCGUACUGUAUUUUUACGUCGGGAACAACUGGAACACCCAAAGGAGUCAUGGUGCCUCAUAAGGGAAUUGUCAAUAACAUCCUGCACCACCCAUUCACGUGCCAUUGCAAGCCCGGAGUUAAAGUUGCACAAAUGCUGGGAAUUUCAUUCGACGGCGCACUGCAAGAACUGUACGGAACAUGGUUCACGGGGGCCACAUUGGUACUUCGCGAGGAAGACAUCUUCAAGACUCUCAGAAACGUGGAGUGCAUAAACUUGACUCCAACGGGAAUCAUGCAGAUGGAGCCAAGCGAGUUUCCCAACCUCAAGGUGGUCCUGGCUAUUGGAGAAGCUUGUCCGGACUCGCUUGUGAAGAAGUGGGGUAAUCACGUCAAUUUCUACGUCGACUAUGGGGCGACCGAGACUUCCGUUACCACCUCCUGCACACCACCUUUGAAACCCGGGAUUCAUAUCGGUAUUGGCAAACCUUUCGCCAAUAAUUCUUAUUACGUGCUUGACAAGAAGCUGAGACACGUACCAGUGGGCGGGAAGGGACAGAUACACGUUGGAGGCAUCGGAGUGUCACUGGGCUACAUCAACAACCCGGAACUUACGGCAUGCAAGUUCUUGCGGGAUCCCUUCAGCAAGACCGGAGGGAGGAUGUAUGCUACCGGAGACAUGGUGCGAAGACUUGCGAAUGGGGAACUCGAGUUUGCCGGUAGAGUGGACGAUCAAAUCAAACUUGGAGGCUACCGGGUGGAGCUCAACGAAGUCACCUCGGCACUUCUACGAACGCCGGACGUUGGCCUGGCCGCUGCAAUUGUCCACGAAAGUGUUCUGAUUGCAUUCGUUAGCCCGUCCACAGUGAACUUGGACGGUCUCAAGAAGAGCAUAGAAAAGUUCCUUCCACCGUACAUGAUUCCGGGGAAAUUUGUUGCUAUCGAUGAAUUCCCACGCACGUUUAACGGCAAAGCCGACGUGAGACGCUUGCGCGAGGAACUCAAGAACCAGCAAUCCAGCACGUUUGAUUCCGUCAUGACGAACACGUUGAGAGAUUUUCGACAGCAGCUGCUCGCGCAAAUCUGGUCGACGAUACUCAAGGUCGACAUGGAUCGCAUUAGGCCUGAAACUUCCUUCUUUGAGUUGGGCGGUAACUCAAUGUCUGCGGUUCGGAUGAUACUAGCAGCCGGUCAGCAGGGUAUCAAAUUGACUCUCGCGGACGUGUACCAGAAACCCACACUGGCAGCACUCGCACCUGACUCGAUUGGAGCGAAGGCAGCAACUCAGCUGUUGAACAGCGGUCCCUCGAGAUCAACUCCAAAAAAGAUCUCAUCAUCGGUGACAGCAAUCCCGUCCAGCUACACGACGCAAUUAGAACAGCCUCAUAAGAAACCCGAACCAAACGUUCUAACCAGAGCGUCGCCCGGCGCAAAGAAACUGCGUGUCUUGUGCUUGCAUGGCUCGGAAACGAGUGGGAAAAUCUUAUCCCUUCAAUUGCAAGCCCUUCAACAGAAACUGCAAGACCAAGUCCAGUUCUACUUUGUCGAUGGACCACGGAAACAGUACACGUCCUAUAUUUCAAAGUACUUUGAUGGCCCCUACUUCCGCUGGCUGCCAGCUUCCUCAUAUGAUGUCGGCGAACGCAGCGCCAUGGCGGCCGUGAACCACCUCAUAAACAAGAUGGACGCGAUCGGAGGGCAAUUUGACGGAAUUUUAGGAUUCUCGGAAGGAGCCAGCAUUGUGGAGCUGGUAGAUCGUCUGAGCACACAAGGACGCAUUGCCCGAAAAUGGAAUUUCAGUGUCUUGAUCAGUGCAUGUACCGUGAAGGUUUCUUCUCCUGGUGCCUCAUCAUGGCUUCGACGUCCUUUUGAAGGAGGAUACCUGCGCCUUCCCUCCGUCCACGUUAUUAGCUCCAAGGACUACCUGUUCCGAAAAAGCAUGAAAGUCGAAUGUCGCUACGAACCAGAGCUACGACAUGUGGUCACGCAUGACAGCGGACAUCAGAUCCCUCAAACACCCGGAUUCAUCAAGCAGUUGGCUGACCGGAUUCUAGAUGCAGCUGCGUUGGCUGAAGAUCUCUCCUUAGCCUUCCCAACUCACAAAAUAGACGACGAGUUCGAGUUUGUGAAGAGGAGCAAGGCAAAGGGCGGGUGGUUGCGGACAAUACGCCGUGCUAUCAAGAAUUCAAUGAUCUCUUGAAUAGAAGUAACAGAUGAAAAGCAAUCCUCAUAGAGAGUUAUUGUAGAAUACAUAGUAGGAGUAGAAGAUGAUGCCUCAUCAUUAUGUCACUUUGUACAUGAUUUUUUGAUUUUCACUUAAUCACAUCCCCAAAAAGCCAUCC